UUUUUUCUACUGAAAAACUGGAAUUUAAUCACUACUUCUCCUUUUACCAAAGUAUUUUUUUCUUCUCAAAAAUCUGUACUCUUGCUCAAAUACAAAGUGUGAGUACUUCAGCCCCCCUGCAACCAGAGCAACCAAUGCUGGCACUCUCAUAAAAGAAUCCCUAGUGUGGACAGCUACUAUAGUGUUGCGUCAAUUCACAACAGUUCUCACCUCGGGCCAAAGACACAUUAUUUAAAAAAGAAAAGAAAACUCAGUGCUUCUCUGUGUGACGAGCACUAACGUGCAUGACUGGACUGAUGAAGAUGGAGUUAUCAUCUUAUGCUGUGGAUAAGAGACCAAUCAGUUGCAAGUUUGUGGAACUCCAUGUUCUCUAUGUGCCGGACGACCAGUGGAAUGUGAAGCUGAACAAAGUUCCUGCGGAAGCUACGGAGAGCUUUGUAUCUGCGGGCUUCAUCAGGGUUUACCCUGAAGUCACCUUGAAAGCUAUGAGGAGUGACCUGAGGGAGCUUCUGGGCACAGAGAGGAGCAUGGACAAAUUUUCAUUUUUGAAGUGUGUGGGCCGCAGCUUGGCUCUGGUCAAAAGCAAGCAGGAGAAGGAUGUGAAAGCAAAAACAUUUGCUCCACCAUAUGCUGCCCAGCCAGAGCUUUACCUGCUGCUCACAGUGGAGAAUGAGAGCAGCCUUUCCUCCCAUUCUCUCAGCCCAGACACCGAUAGCAGCUCCCCGGACCCCUCGUCCUACUACCCCCACAAGACAUUGGGCUCACCAGCUGAAACUAAAGAGCUUGUGAAGUUCCCCCACAUCCCACAGUCUUCCCACCAGCUCUUUCCCACCUCUAGCUUGGAGGAGGAGGACGAAGAUGAUGAUGAAGAGCAGGGAUACCGCUCUUCCGAGGGAGGGCACGGGGAGGUGGAAGGUCUCUCUGUGAGUAAGAGCGAUUGGCAUGAGAGGAGUGACCGUGGCCAGAGAAAGUCCAACAGUCAAGCACAGAAUAAAGGCUGCUUAGUUCAGGUGAAGGAACAUCACAAAGAGGAAGAAGCGACAUACAGAAAGAAGAAAAAUUACCACCAAGGAAGCAGAGUUGCCAAAGAUCCAGGAGCUGUUGGUUUGGUGGAUGAUCCAGAUUUGGACAGGCAUCUCGGAAAAUUAAGAGAUGUGCAUACGUUUCAGUCUAUCGGGAAUAAAACAACAAGUGGGGUGAUAGAAAGCCCAGUUGUGUUAUCUCGACCCAUCCGCUGCACUUCUCCCCCUCCCGGUCUAGACCUGACCAUGACGACCCACAAACCCGUUGUUUCCACUGUCGUUCCAACUAAUAGAGAAGAACUAAUCGAGGAAAUCAAGCUGGUAAAGGAAGAAAGGAAACAAUUAGAGUGGAAGAGACAAGAGUUGCUCAGGAAAGGGAAAGAUUUGUUGGCCCAGAACAGGCACCGCAGGAACCAAGCCCGUGACAGCUGGAAAAAAAAGUAUUUUGAUACCAAGAAGGCCACCGCACCUUUGGAAGAUGCACUGAGAAAUGUGCGUCAAGAACUGGAAACAUUUUACAACAAACUUCUGCUACAGCUUCACGCCCGAGACUGCAGAGGCAACCAGCAAAAGCAAGGAACGACCUCUGAAAAGAAUGCGCUGAUCAUUCAGAUCUUAACAGAGAGUCACGAUAUUGACAACCUGAAGAGGAAGGUCGAGGACGCCAAGAUGAAGCUGGUGACAGAGAUAAAGCUAAGGAAACAGGCAGCCACUGAACUGAGGGCACUGAAGGCCGAGUUGGCACAGAAGAAGAGUCAGUCGUGCCACCACGGGCCUGUGGCAUCUCUGAGCUUUGUCAGCAGACACGAAACGAAGCAUAAGUCCAAAACAUCUUCAAAUGAGUCACAAGAAUGAAGUUUCUUUUUUUUAACCAGCACAAAUGGCUAGUGGGAGUCCUCGGUUUAAAAUGGUGUUCUUUUUCUGAAAAUAUUUUUUCUACUUUUCCAUUAUGCAUAUGGCUAACAGCUCUAUUUGUGUGUAGUGAUGUGUGUUGUAAACUCUGGCCAGUUUUGUCUCAGUAUUCAAGUUUUAUUUUAGUCUUUAGUUAGAAACAUCGGUUACACUUUAUUUGAAUAGUUCAAAUGACAAUGUCAUAAGACUUGUAAUCAUGACAUGACACUUGUCAUGUAUAUGAAUGCUUCUGACAGAUGUCAUUCAGUAAAUGAUUUCACUAUUGAUGCAAAGUUUACUUUGUUUCAAAUGGGUUAGGAUAUUUAAUGGCAUCUGUAAUAAGCAGUUGUUCAUGACAAGUGCCAUGUUAUGAUUAUGACAGUCUUAUGACACUGUCAUAAGAAGAUUUCAUCUAUUCUGUGAAAUAUAUAUAUAUACGGUAUAUAUAAUCUCAUAUUCAGAUGUCUAAUGAGGAAUGUUAUUACAAUUUCCAAUUGCAAUUGGAAUUUAUUUCCUGUUGAUUCUACUAGUGAUGCAAUUCACAAAUACAUUUUCUAUGUUUUCAUUAAACCAUUCACUGGUAUUUUUUUCCUAGGCUCUAAACUAAUGGAAAGUUGAUACACACAACUUUGACAUACAGUGGGGAGAACAA